UGAUUAUUUACCUUUUUCUGAUUAGAUUUCGAAAAUUCAAUAUCAAAACCAUGGGAGGAGAUCGGGACGGAACGAGACCGCCCGUGUUCCGAGGGACUCCAACCAAACUCCGCAAGUUUGAACAGCAGGCCCAACUCUUCAUCGACGGGCAUAAAAAGGAAGAGCCCAAAGUAAUCAUCGAAAUGGUACAAUCUUGGGACGAUGAAGUCCAAGAACAACUAUACGAACUUAUUGGAGGAGUCGGAGAAGUUAAGUACAUCAGAACAUUAGACAAGCUACUAGAACAUCUUCACCACAUCGCAUUUGGCAGUCGACGAGAGCAGAAUGCUGUACUCUCAUACCUGAAGCAGCUUCUCGAUCACAAAGUGGAUCAAAGUAGUUCAGUACAACGACAACUCCGCGAAUUCGACGAGAAGGUGACUGAUUUCAACCAGAACGUCUACCAGGCUGGUAUCGGAGUCACCGGAAAACAAGGUGGAGUGAACAAUACUUGUCCUGAAUGCAAUGAAGACAACUUACCUCACAACGACCAUAAAGACUACUGCAGCAUGGGAUAUGAGACCAUGGUCUACCCCAAGGACGUCAUCGGAGACCACAUCAAGAGUCUGCUCCUGAUUAUUAAAAUGAAGUUGUCUGAAGAAGAAAUGAUAGAUUUGCUACACCGAGUCGACAUUCUCAAGUACCAAGAAGUACGAAAAUUCAUGCUUACGCGAGACCGGGCUAAGCGUGUACUACAACAUUCUUCAACAAGUAGUAAAAGAAGCAACGUCUACAAAGUGGCCGGAUUGGACGAAAGCUUUGAAUCAGACUAUGACGUUGUCGGAGAUAGCAGCGAAUUUGAGUCCCAAGAGGACGAAUUAGACUUCGGUGAUCUGUCUCCCACAUCGCAGGAACAAGUAACUGACAUAUUAUUUGCUGGACGCGCCCAACAAAAGGGAAAAGGAAAAGGGCGAGGGAAAAACUCGUACCGUGGAAUCUUCAAUAAGCGAUUUUUACGAGGAUCUCGAGGUGCUGUCGCACAAUCAGGCCGUAAGCGUCAAAACGCCCCAAGAGGAAUUCGUCUAGUAGAAAAGGGAGUAGGUUUCUUCAAAGGCAACUGCUGGAUAUGCGGGAAAAAUGGGCACCGCGCAAGGGAAUGCACGAGCAGUAACAAGGAGGAAUUUCAAAGUAUCCGGGCUGUUGCAUGCGAACAAUUUGGAAUUACAAUCGAUACCACGAGUAGUCUAACGUCAUCUUCUUCGACCUCUACGACCCAGGCAGGCCAUGCUACGAGCGGCAACACAAGUUCUUCGACGGGUCAAGAUCGAUCAGUAUCAUUUGGCACAAUGAACGUGUGCACCACGAGCUCCGAAGAAGGUGAAACAAUGGUAUUUUAUUCUGCUU